AUGGCCACUCUGCCGACUGGCUGGGAGUGGGACUAUGACGGCAGUCGAUGGCUCUACCGAUACAAGCCUACCGGCCAUGUCCAGUACCAUUUCCCCAAUGCAGGCGACGAGUUCCCCGACUAUGUCGACGCCACCUCUCCGGUGCCAGACCUGGCGCCCGAGGAGCGGCUCGAGUCGCAGCAACAAGUCAAGCGACAUGCGAGCGUCAGCGGGAACCCCCUUCGCCCGGCUCACGCUCCCCCGGAAGACAGAGAUGGAUGGAGAUCGCGCAUGUCCGCAACGGCGCAGCCCGUCAGCGCUGUCUGGGACGACGAUUUCGCAAAGGAGGAUAACCAUGCGGACGAGGCGGACGAGGCGGAAGAGGAGGGGGUGUUUCAACCCGAGAACUUCAUGUUCCUGGGCCCAGGCACAUAUACGGAUGUAAGCCCGCUAAAUGAAGAGGAGGAAGAGGCCGCGAGGAGGAUAGUAGUGGGAGCGGAUUUAAUGGGUGGACAAUCGACGGCACAUAAGGGUGUCAGCCCCAUGGUGAGCCAGAAUACGACGCCAAUGGUACAGACGACCGAGACGGUGGCCAGCGGUUCCACGACCGCCAUGAACGAACGAGCUGUUGAGCCACCACCUAUAGUGCAUCACGAGGAGCAAACAACAAUGGUGCUCCCGCACGGGUAUGUCAUGGGAGAUGAUAUCGUGGGAGAGGCGAGUGCAAUACCUGACGACGGAGGCUAUCACUAUGAGAUGUACGAGCUUCCGGUCGAAACUGCCGUUCCGAUGCACCUCCAAUUUGAUCCAGUGGGCUUUGUGGCCGAGAUGCCGACGGAACACACGGCAUCUGCCCGUGUUGAGACACACCCCGACCCCAUUGAACUGGCGGACAACUAUGUUAUGGCGCCGAUUGAGACGGAACCGCGACCUGGUUAUGUGGAGCUACCGGUUGAAGUCAAUCCUUUAGAAGAGGGAGCUAUGACACAAGAAAGGUUGACGGAAGAGCAGCAGUUGGAGCAGCGGCGACAGGAGGUGAGGCGACAGCAAGAGGAGCGGCAGCGUGGGGUGCAGCAGAGACAGGAAGAGCGAAAAAGACGGGAAGAGGAGGAGUUACAAAUGGAGCUGCGGCAGCAACAACAGCAGAACGAGGCCUAUAGCCCGUCUCAGGAACAAAGCAGCGACGCUUCAAACAAGUUUAAGAUUGCCAGGAAACCGACACUUCGAGAAUCCAGUGCCGUUUACAAUGCUUAUGCUACAAACAGCACAGCCCGCGAAUUUACUCCCAGGUCGGGUAAUGAGCCCAGCAUUGCAACGAGAGGCAUCACUGAACUUGAGCAUGAAGCCGAGCACCGAGUCCACGCCGCAGGUGGACGCAAGGCGAGUUCCGUCUGUCCUGAAGCCAGCUAG